AACAAAUGCUGAUCUGAUCUUUAACGGAAAAUAAACAGUACUUUGUCAAAGUUUAUGAUAGAUAAUCCUGUAUAAAUCUUAUCAAGAACAGUAUUAUAAAAAUCCGAUACCCACUUACAUAAAUUGCAAACGAAGCGCCUCUUUGCGGAGGCACCUAGAAUCUGUGGUCGAUAGAGAAUACAUGUACAGAUUAGUAGAGAAUUGAUGUAGAAGAUUCGUAUUCGUAAUAGGCGUAUAAAAAUGGAUAUAAACGUUAAGAAAUUGGUCAAAGACGCUGGUGCUGCGCUUAGCAGGGUUGUACAGUUAACAGAGGAAACAUUGGGAACAUCUGAGAAAACUGAAUUAGAUGCACAUUUAGAGCAUCUUGCAGAAAGAGCAAAUGCAACUAAGACAUGGACUGAGAAAAUCCUUAGAAAUAUGGAGGCAGUACUUACUCCAAAUCCAGGCAAUAGAAUUGAAGAUUUCUUCUAUGAAAAAAUCGAUAAAAAGAGACCUAACAGAUUAAGCAAUUUGGAAUAUGUAGGCUUGGAUAUGAUAGAAGCUGGAAAUGAUUUUGGUCCAGGAAUUGCUUAUGGCAGUGCAUUAAACAAGGUUGGACAGUGUCAGCAAAAAUUAGGACAAAUUGAGAGAAAUUUCAUUAAGGAUUCAGCUAUUUGUUAUAUACAACCCUUAAGAAAAUUUUUGGAAGGUGAAAUGAAAACUGUGACUAAGGAAAUGUCAAUAUUGGAAACUAAACGAUUGGAUUUAGAUGCAUGUAAAAAUCGAGUGAGGAAAGCAAGAAGUAUGCUAGGUCAACAGAGUGAGUCUGGGGUAUCACCCGAAGUAUUACUUGAUCAGGCAGAAAGGGAGUUGAGAAUAGCACAAUCGGAGUUCGAUCGUCAAGCAGAGAUAGUGAAGCUACUGCUGGAAGGUGUUCAAAGCUCUCAAGCUGGGCACUUGCGUUGUUUGCAUGAAUUUGUUGAGGCACAAGCUCGUUAUUAUGCUCAAUGUCAUGCAACAAUGCAAGAUUUACAACGUGAACUUGCUGGCUUAUCUGGGGGUCCUUAUCAUCCGACUACCCAAUCAACAUCCAAUGUAUCAGGGAAUGAUGAACAACUAGCAAGGGUAUUAUGCGAUUUUUCUGCGACAAAUUCCGAUGAAUUAAGCGUCGAACAAAAUGAGGUAAUUACCGUUAUCGAGAUACCUGGCGAUGAGGACUACGUAAUUGGUAUAAGUGGAAUAAAACGAGGAAAAGUACCAGCAGCAUAUUUAGAAUUAAUCAAUGUUGGUCAACGAAAAUUCAGUCAAUAAUUUUAAUGUACAUUCCUUAUAUUUAAAUAUUUAAUUCUAUUUUUGGUUUGAAUUCAAAUUACACUAUGCACUAUGAAAUAUUUCUUAUGCAGUCAAUGUAAAAAAUAACUACCAAAUUAUGAUUAAUCGAGGAACACAUUUUUGAACUAUAUAUUCUUAAACUGUAUAAAUAAUGCGAAAUAUUGUACAAAAAGCAUAUCAAAACAAGCAGUCAAUUUUCAAAUAUUUCGAAAAUGUUAUGUAAUUGUAAACCUGUUUAAAAUUGUACUGUUCAAAAGAAAAAAAUAUUCUACAAAUAUUAAAAUCAUUAUAUAUGUAUAUAUGUUAAUAUUGUGUAUAAUAAAUAUAUUGUU